ACGCCAUGGAGAAACCCUCAAAGGAUCAUCUUACUUUAUCUCCAGGUUGUAAAGUGGAAGAUGAGGACAUCAAAGAAGAAUGCACUGGAGGAAAGACAAUGAGCUCCUGGAAUCAUUCAGACUCUGAGGAAUCUUGUACUGUGGGUGAAGGUGCUGGAGUUGAGGGGGAGAUUAUGUUUUACUGUCUUGAACAUGGGGGAAGUUUUAGCUCUGAAUUAGGUCUUUCUGUACAUCAGAAGUCUCACACGGGUGAGAAGCUUCAUUCCUGUUCCGAGUGCGGGAAAUGUUUUCUUCAUAAAUCAGAACUGGCCAGACAUCGGAGAACUCACACAGGGGAGAAGCCGUAUUCCUGCUCUGAGUGUGGGAAGUGUUUUUCCCAGAAGGCCCAUCUAUCCAGACAUCAGGGAUUACACACGGGGAACAAACCAUUUUCCUGCCCCGAGUGCGGGAAAUGUUUUAUACGGAAAUCCAAACUGGACAUACAUUACAGGUCACACACAGGGGAAAAGCCCUAUUCCUGCUCCGAGUGUGAAAAAUGUUUUUCAGAUAAGGACAAGCUUUCCAGACAUCAGAGAUUGCACACAGGCGAGAAAUUAUAUUCCUGCCCUGAGUGCGGGAAAUGUUAUACACAGAAAUCAGACCUUGUUAUGCAUGAAAUGUCUCACACAGGGGAGAGCCCAUAUUCCUGCCCUGAGUGCGGGAAACUUUUUUCACAGAAGUCCAAUCUUUCUGUACACCAGAGAUUGCACACCGGUGAGAAACCAUUUCCCUGCCUUGACUGCGGGAAAUGUUUUCCUCGUAAAUCAGAUCUUGUUAUACAUCAGAGAUCUCACACGGGUGAGAAGCCAUUUUCCUGUCCUGAGUGCAGCAAAUGUUUUUCACAGAAGUCCCUUCUUUCCAGACACCAGAGAGUGCACACGGGCGAGAAGCAGUAUGUCUGCCAUGAGUGCGGGAAAUCUUUUACACAGAACUCUGAACUCAUUACACAUCAAAGAGCUCACACGGGGGAGAAGCCGUUUUACUGCCCUGAGUGCGGGAAAUCUUUUUCACAGAAGACAAAUCUUUCCAAACAUCAGAGAUUGCACACGGGUGAAAAGCCGUAUGCCUGCUCUGAGUGCGGGAGAUGUUUCUCGCAGAAGUCAGAACUUGUUAAACAUCAGAGAUCUCACACGGGGGAGAAGCCGUAUUCCUGCCCUGAGUGCGGGAAAUCUUUUACGCGUAAAGCAAAUCUUACUGAACAUCAGCUGUGCCACACGCAGGAAACGCUGUUUUCUUGUUCUGAGUGCGGGAAAUGUUAUCCACGGAAAUCAGCACUUGUCAAACAUCGAAGAUCUCACAAAGGGGAGAAGCUGUAAUCCUAUCCUGAGUGCAGGAAAUGUUUUUCACAGAAGCGUUAUCUUACCGAACCCACAGAACCCUUAAGGUGUAUUAGUGUCCUGAGUGUGGGAAAUGUCUUCUAUAUGGAUCAUAUUUGUCCGUACAUCAGAGAUCUCACACUGGGAAGAAGCUCACCUUGAUAUACACCUCAGAAAACACGUGGCUGAGCGCUCCUCUGAUCUCUAUCAUGGAAGAAACUCUUUAUAAGGAAAUCAGAGAUCACUAAAGACUUCAAAGUUCUGUCUGGUUUCCUCUGCUAGGAGAGAAAAGGAGGGGGUGUCACUGCUGGUCGGGUCCCUCUAGGAGAGAGAAGGAGGGGGUGUCACUGCUGGUUGGGUCCCUCUA